AUGCCAGCAGUCAGGGUGAAUGGACAGCGGUCAGAGGGAAGGACCAUGCAGCAGAGGAAGACCAGCUCAGCGGGGUCAAGGUACCAGAGCAGGGAAAGAGAACCAGCCAGCAGGGUGGAUAAGCUGGUCCUGGCAGCGGUGGGCUGUGGUCUGUAUGUGUACAGUGUCCUCACGAGGACCGUGGUGGCCUACAGGAAGGUGGCUCAUGACUCCAAUGUUUUACACACCAUGCUGCUUUCUGACAGUGAACUGUUGUCCUGCUCUGAAGAUGGAAGUGUGAGACUGUGGGAGAUCCAGGACCUGCCACCACCGGCUGAACCCGCCUCCGCAGGAUUUUUUGGAAUGUUGACUUUUGGGCGUUCGAGUAAACAGCCGGGGCCCCAGUCAAAAAAGGUUUUUGACAUCCCUGACCUGAAGAGGCUGGAGCUGGUGGGUGACUUGAUUGGCCAUUCUGGAGCCAUCCAGAUGUUCGUGAGCUUUAAGGAGAACGGUUUGGUGACGUGUUCCGCCGAUCACCUGUUGAUCUUGUGGAAGAACGGAGAAAGACAGUCACAUCUUCGGAGCAUUGCACUUUUCCAAAAGCUGGAGGAAAACGGGUCACUGUGA